AUUUAAUUGGAACUGUAUAGGUUUGAAAAAUUCAACAAUACAGUGAUUAUGGGAUUUGAGAUUCAUCUGCUAUUCAGCUAUAAGUAUCCCCUAGUUCUAUAGUACUAGAAUUCAGUAUCUCUAAUAUAAGUAGAAACAAAAGCAAAAACAAAAAAAUCUCAAACAAAUUCUUCUUUCAUAUUAAAUAUGUCCACCACUAAAUCAAUGUUACUAGUCAUCGUUGUUCUUGCUGUCCUGUCCUUAGACGCGAAUGCUUAUGAUGCCGCACCUUUACAGGAUUUCUGUGUUGGUGUCAAUGACUCCGAGGCUAGCGUAUUGGUGAACGGGAAGAUAUGCAAGGACCCAAAUACCGUUACCUCGAACGACUUCUUCUUCUCCGGCCUCAACAAAGCCGGCAACAUAACAAGCCAUUUCGGGACUAAAGUGACAGCCCUUUUCGUGAACCAAUUCCCGGCUCUUAACACGCUCGGCAUCUCCAUGGUCCGCAUCGACUUUGCCCCCGAAGGCGCCAACCCACCACACGUUCACCCACAUGCCUCUGAGAUCCUACUAGUCUUAGAGGGAACUCUCUACGCGGGCUUCAUAUCCUCCAAUCCUCCAAAUGCAGCCGAUGAGAACAAACUCUACUCUAAGGUCCUGAACCCGGGAGACGUUUUCUUAUUCCCUAAGGGACUCAUUCAUUUUCAGUAUAACCUUGGGAGCACUAAUGCUGUUGCAAUUGCGGCCCUAAGCAGUCAGAACCCGGGAGUUGUGACCUUGUCCAAGGCUGUAUUUGGGUCAGAGCCCUCUGUUUUGCCGGACCUUCUCACCAGAUCUUACCAGCUUGAUGGUAAGACGAUCAACCGACUCUUGUCGUUGGAGUGGAUUGGGACGGCUUAGUCAAAAUUGUAUUUUAUUUCAAAUCAUAAUAAGUUGUGCUCUCUUCUUUUAAUAUUUUAGCAAGCCUUGAAGCAAUAUUUAUGUUUGUAUCAAUAAAAUUUCAUUUAGAUCAAAGAAUGGAUACCCUUGCUCUUAUAAUUUCGCCUACUUGUUCCUGCAAUUUAAAUCAAGACUAUGUUUGGUGGACAAAUAAGCUAGUUUAUAGCUUAUUUGGUUAGCUUAUGAGCUUCUUGUAUUCAAAUAAGAUUCGUUUGGUAUGACGAGCU